AUGAUGUUAAAAUUCGUGAUUCUUCUUGUUAUCGGAUUCUUCCGAAUCUUUCAUGCUCAUAAUCAUCUAGCUAAAGAUGAUACUGUUUUCUCAAGAGCACAAGCAAUCGAUGCAAAUGCAAUCAUAGAUAGAAGUGCGACUACCGCCCAAAGUUCUCCAACGGUAUUAUUCACCGAACUAUCAAGUGAAGAGUCAGUUACGUCAACAGACACAACCGAUAACGUCGACAUAACGGACCGUCCUUUUCCUCCGAUGUUUGAAUGUGAUUUUACUACUCCAUGUUUUGCAGAAAAUCAACUCGAUCGAACUGAUGGCAGUCAAUUCAAUCUUGGUCCGAUUUCCGAUACCUCACUACCGCCAGUAGCACCGACUUCUGAUGUUUCGUCUAUUACUAAUCCAACAAAUGACAGUCUGCCAUGUCAGUUACCCUAUCGACCUCAAUUAGAAAAUGGUACCGAUUUCGCUAACUGGAGCAUGUGGUUUUGCUAUAAUAAUGAAUGUCCAACAUCAAAUGAAACUCAAGGAACAUGCGUUUCAGGUUUAUAUGGACUCGUUUCGCUUAAUUCAUCUGAGUCAUCGAGGACAAUCUUUGAUUCUAUUAAUUCGACUGAUUCGAAUGCGAUUGCAGAAGAUUUUUCUGAAGUGCAAUGCCUCCGAUUUAAUUAUUAUUUUACUGUCUACGAUGGAGAAGAUUGGGGCCAAGAGAUUCAAGUGUGGAUAAGACCCAAUCAUGAAAUUAAUAAUCAAUAUUCAAUUGAAAACUUUACUGUGGCUGAUAUGAAUGAAAAUAAAUGGCAAAAUGGAGAAGUGACAUUCACCUCAGUAUCUUCUAAUUACACAUUAGCGUUUUCUUUUUUGGUCACUAAAGAAAACCAAGGAAAUGAGUCUGAAACCAAUAGAACAAUUUAUUUUGCAUUAGACAACAUAGAAUUAUAUGCCUUCAAUUGUUCAGAUCCGAAUAAUCAAGGCACUACUUCUACAAUACAACCAACGGCUGCUGCAACUGAGGCGCCCUCGCCGAACAAGUCUAGGGUAGGUUUAAUUCUUGGCCUGAUAUUUGGUUUAGGGUUGCCAACCAUAGCACUUAUCGGUGGCGUCGUUUAUUGGAAACGCAAGAGUCAAGAUCGUUCUGGAAAGUAUGAUAUUUCAUUUACGGCUGGCUCUCAGAACGAAGUUAGUCAUGUAUCGAGGAAUUGA